UUCAUGUAAAGUCCCAAAAUGACCCCACAUAGAAGAAAUUUUAAAAUAUAAAAAUGAUCAGUAAUACCCAAAAUAAGUUAAUGAAAUUUACAUAUGGUUGUAAUAAUCAAAUUUUUAUUCCAUAUAUGUAUACAAUUAAAAAACAAACACUCACAAAUGUUAGUAAUAAUGUAAUUAUUAGCAAAAAUAUUGCAAUCUAUGGCAAAUUCUCAAUUUCAAUAAAAAAAAACACAAAUGCACCAAAUAAAAACACCAACAGUAUAUGCAAGUUAUAUGUAAGGUACUCCGAGCAUUGAAUUGCGUCAAUACAGCCCCACAACGACACUAUGCGUAUUUCAAAAUGAACAUGUCAAUGCCAUGAGUCGCUAUUUAUAGAUUUUGGAAAAAUACUAACUUUCCACGCGCAUAGCAUGCGAUCAAUAAGAGUUAUGAUCUUAUAAAAUAAAAUUAAUGAAAAAAUAUCAUUUUCAUAAUAUCUCCAUAACAAUGACACUUACUUCAAACACACUAUUUUCAAAGAAUCUUGAUACAAUUGACUCUCCUCCCGAUUUAAUUUCAUCGGUCGUCCAUCUUGGUCAGAGAUGUGUAUUGAUUCGUAUAUGCGAAUUUGUUAAAUAUUGCUUAUAUUAAAUAUUUACUUUAUGACAUGACAUGAAAUUACCUCAUAAACAAAUUAUACAAAUUUUAGAACAAACGGAUCGUGAAUAAUUUAUAAAUGAUCGAUUUUGAAACGAAAUAUUUUUCGAAUAUACUUCCGGCAAAUAACGGCUAGCUGAACCAGACAUCAUGGCCAGACAAUAACAAAUGCAUUUUUGAACGCUCUCAAGGUUUUUAUAAAAAGGUGCUGAAGAACGAAGGCUGGCCAUAGAAGACAACUGUUUCCACCAAGGUGUUCCUGCGAUUACAGUGGUAGCAGAUGGAGGUUGGAGCAAGAGAACACACAAACACUCAUAUAAUGCUUUAGGUGGUGUUGCCAUUAUUAUUGGACAAAGAACGGGGAGAAUUUUGUACAUUGGCAUAAGAAACAAAUACUGUUACGUAUGCUCUCAUGCGGAAAAUACUCAUCAAACAGUACCACAUCACCAAUGCUUCAAAAACUGGAACUCGAAUUCUCAAGCCAUGGAAGCUGACAUCAUCCUUGAUGGAUUCCGUUUGGCAGAGAAAAUGCAUGGGUUAAGGUAUAUGUGGUUAGUUGGUGAUGGGGAUUCAUCAGUUUAUGCCAAAAUACAUGAAGAAAUUCCAGUUUGGGGAAUUCAUGUUCAAAAAUUAGAAUGUUCAAAUCAUGUUUGUAAGUGCCUUCGUUCCAAUUUGGAAAAGCUAGUGGACGCUAAUCCUCAUUACAAAGGUAGGAACAACCUUACAAAAGCAGUUCGCAUUCGCUUAGUAAGUGCUGUCCGAUGUGCUAUCCGGAUACGAUCCAAAGAAGAAAAUGUACAUAAUGCAAUAAUCAAGUUAGAAAAAGACAUUCGAAACUCCGUUCACCACAUUUUUGGCAACCACAACAACUGUUCAGAUUUCUGUAAAGCUAAAUCAAUUCCACCUAUUAACCAAACAACAUCCUACACUAAUGAUUCCACUGAAGUAGACGAACCAUCUGAUUUAUGUAUUCAAAAUAAUUUACUUUGGGAAGAAGGAACAUCUUUAAAAAAUCAGGAACUUUCACGAUAUUCAAUCAACACUUUCAUAUUCCGAUCUUAAAUCAGAUAUGUUGAGUUACAUUUCAGUAUUGCUGGACAGAGUUGCUAAUAAAAAUAAAAGACUCAUCAAUAAUACAACAACUAAUUUGGCUGAGUGUUGGAUGCACAUGCGCACCAAAUUUGACGGAGGCAAAGUCUACAACUUGUGUAAUCGUGGGUCAUGGCAUACUAGGUGUUAUGGUGGAUGUUUACGAAUGAAUGUCGGACCACAGUGGUCUCCCACUGUUUGGAAACAGGUGACAGACUCCUCACCAGGAUACCACUUCAUCAAACUAUAUGAGGAAAGGUACAAGCAAUUGACACUUUCUAAUCAGUCUAAAUCCAAGCCACAAGCUCAAUCUAAUAGGUGGAAAAGAAAAGUGUCUACUGCUAAUGAGAGUACAUCAAAGUCUGCCAAGUCAUCAUAUGGAAAUGAGGCUAUUCAGUGUGAAGAUGAUGUUGAUACAUCUGUUUUGAAUACCAAAUGUGACCAGUACAUGUCUCAUCACAUUAACAUUUCAAAUGAUAAAAUUAAUGCUAUUACAACUCUUACUGAAGAUCAAUCUAAUUCUCAAGUUUGGCAUCAAGAAAGAAGAAAAAGAAUAACAGCAUCAAAUUUGGGACUAAUUUUGAAAAGAAAAACAUCAAUAUCUGUGAAAAACAUUGUGGAACAACUUCUAUACAAAACUUUUAAAGGGAAUGAAUUCACACUUUUUGGAUUACAACAAGAAAGAAAUACCAUUCAUGAAUAUAUUUUUAAAAAAGCUGAACAAGGAAUUAAUGUUAAUGUUAACAGAUGUGGAUUAUUUAUUCAUCUUAUUGAAGUUAAAAAUGUUUUAAAAAAUAAAAAAAUGAACUUAUUUCAAGCUGCCAAUACAAACAGAAAUUUCUUCUUAGGAAUAGAAAAGGACAAAUUAAAAUUAAAAUUGAACCACAAUUACUAUUAUCAGUGUCAAGGUUUAUUGCAUAUAUGCAAUUUACCGUGGAUAGACUUUAUAGUAAGGACCACAGACCCAUACCAACUCCACGUGGAAACAAUUUAUAAAGACAAUACCCUUUGGGAAUCAUGGAUUCCAAAGCUUAAAGCAUUUUAUUGCAAGGUUUUAUUGCCAGAGUUAGCUUGUCCGAGACACAGAAAAAUUCCUGGAAUAAGAGAGCCUGGAGUAUGGUUUGAAGAUACAACCAAGCCUUCUGUAAGUAAAAGGACGGUUACAUGUCGUAAGAAAACUACUUCAAGGACCAAAUCAACUUCCACACUGACGCAGAAGAUUAGUACAUUAACAUCAGAUAGGAAUACUGCAAGACGAGCAGCAUCUUCAAAAACAAAGUUUGUUGGUAGACAAAUUAAACAUAAAUGGAAGUUGUGCAUUGAUUCUGAAAAUACCGAGUGGUAUACUGGCUAUGUUACAUCCCUUUUGUCUGGAGUCGAUGGCAAUUCUAAUGCAGUGUAUGAAGUGUAUGAAGUGCUAUAUGACAAUGAUGACGAACCUUACAUGAUUGACCAUCUUGUAGAAGACUUCAAGGAAGGAUCAGUACAGUUUUUGGAUUUAUAGGGUUGCAAAGACGAUCAUGGAAUGGGAUGCCUUCAUAGCGGCCAGUUUCUACACGGAGGAGGUGGUUGGCAGUGCGGAAUCUAAAGAUACUUUGGGACUCAUCGGGAUGAAUUUUAAUCAGGUCAGAGGCACUACUUGAGACAAUGACGGUGUCAUCUGCAUACAAUAGGACCAGAAGCUUAAGCCACAAUAUUGCAGUAUCUGGGUUGAUAAGUUCAACCCCAACAGAUCCAUUUAUAUGCAGGAUAGAGGCACAGUGUCUUCCCCCGGGGUCCUAGUGAGCUCCGCCCCGGUUUGGUGUGUUCCUGGAUCCAGAUGUGUCCCAUGGGCGCUGUAUCGGUGGUUGAGGCUGCGAUGAGCCAAGCUGUUGAGCCGUUUCCGGCUGGCGGUUUGGGGAAUCCCUGCGAGGUGCAUGUUGGGCCGUUUCCGACUGACGGUUUGGGGGAUCCCUGCGGGGUGCCUGUUUGGCCGUUUCCGACUGGCAGUUUGGGUGGUCCCUGCUAGGUGCGUGUGGGCGAGGAUUCCUCCUCCGGGAAGGCGAUUGCGAUUGUUGCUUUCGUGGAGUCCUGCGCUCAACCACAGGGGAAGCAUCGCGCUGGCUACGCUCCUGCGACACAGUCUUGUUGGAGUCGUUGGACUGGGCACGAGGAGCCUGUGACAUGGCUGUCUGUGUGUGGGAUCUGUUUACAUUUCUAGCUGGAGCAUACUGUGUGUUUGUGGAAAAAUUGUUGUGCUUUGUAACACGGCUGCCUUGCAUGAUCGUAUCCCAGUUCGGAAAGGCAUCAGCGACAACGCGACCAUCUUGAAUGAGUUUGGCUGGAUAUAUUAAGCUGGCCUUGCUUUUUGGAUAUUCUUGGCGGAGGCGCUUGAACUGUGGCCACAAUUGCUUGCGAGCAUCAACAAUCUCGCGUGGAUAUUCUCUAUUUAUGUGAAAAAGUGUUCCGCGGAGCUUGUUGGCAUUCGAGAGGAUGUGCUCAGUAUCACGGAAAUCCAGACAGUAUAUAAUGAUGGGUCGUGUGGAGCCGUGCCGGAAUUUCCCCAGUCUGUGUAUUCGGGGGAUAGGAGGACAGGGGUCGAUCUCAAGUUUCUCUCUCAAGAAAGUUGAUAUUUUAUGGAGACAAUUUUCAUCCCUGUCCUCUGGGAUACCACUGAUUAGAAGGUUAUUUCGGCGACACCUAGCUUCGAGAUCUAUUGACUUGUACUCUAAUAGCUUAAUUUGCCGAUCAUG